AGGUGGGGGCGGGCCCAGGUAGCAGGUUCGGCUGCGCGGGGGCCCGCGCGCCUGAGGUAAAUACUGGGGUGGUGGGUGUGGGGCGCCCGGCCGGCCCGGGACGCUGGUUCUGAAGCCCGGGGCUGCGGCGCUGAGCGGCGGCCGAGGCGGGUGAGUGUGCGCGGCCGCGCGGCUGACGCUAGGUCCCCAGUGUUCCUGCUCUGCCUCAGGCGCCCUGAAGCGCGGAGGCGACCGUCGGGCCUCAGCGCCCGCCCGUUAGCUGCCCCGGGCCGACGAGCUUCUGACGUCAACCGCGGUUGUCACCUCCAGCCUGCCCGAGGGCUCCCGACUCGCGGGACUCCUGCACCACAGGGCUUGGGUAGGAGCAGUGCAGGACUCCGUCUUUCUCUCUGGCCCGCCGUCGUGGACAGAUGGGGAAACUGAGGCCGGGACCCUGCCUGGCUCCCAACGGCUGCAGGAGGCAGGGAGAAUCUCGGGUUAUGGCACUUUGAAUUGCUGUCUUUUUACAACAUGGAUGCCAGGUUGCUAAAAUCUUGCUUUGGGACUUACAGCGAGUUCAUUUUUUUGGAUUUUAUGACAGAUUUACUAGUGGCUCCUUUUUGCCAGUCAAUGUUCUGAAAGUUACUGUCACAAUGAGUUCAGGCCUGUGGAGCCAAGAGAAAGUUACUUCACCCUACUGGGAAGAACGGAUUUUUUAUCUGCUUCUUCAAGAAUGCAGUGUAACAGACAAACAAACUCAGAAGCUGCUGAAAGUACCCAAAGGGAGUAUAGGACAGUACAUCCAAGACCGUUCUGUGGGGCAUUCAAGAGUUCCUUCCACAAAAGGCAAGAAAAAUCAGAUUGGAUUAAAAAUCUUGGAGCAACCGCAUGCAGUUCUGUUUGUUGAUGAAAAGGAUGUUGUAGAAAUAAAUGAAAAAUUCACAGAGUUACUGUUGGCAAUUACCAACUGUGAGGAGAGGCUCAGCCUAUUUAGAAACAGACUCCGACUAAGUAAAGGCCUCCAGGUAGACGUGGGCAGUCCUGUGAAAGUACAGCUGCGAUCUGGGGAAGAGAAAUUUCCAGGAGUUGUACGCUUCAGAGGACCUUUAUUAGCGGAGAGGACGGUGUCGGGGAUUUUCUUUGGAGUAGAAUUAUUGGAAGAAGGUCGUGGUCAAGGUUUCACGGAUGGGGUAUAUCAAGGGAAGCAGCUUUUCCAGUGUGAUGAGGACUGUGGCGUGUUUGUUGCAUUGGACAAACUAGAACUUAUAGAAGAUGAUGACAAUGGAUUGGAAAGUGAUUUUGCAGGCCCAGGAGAUACAAUGCAGGUUGAACCUCCCCCUUUGGAAAUAAACUCCAGAGUUUCUUUGAAGGUUGGAGAAAGUACAGAAUCUGGAACAGUAAUAUUCUGUGAUGUUUUACCAGGAAAAGAGAGUCUAGGAUAUUUUGUUGGUGUGGACAUGGAUAACCCUAUUGGCAACUGGGAUGGAAGGUUUGAUGGAGUACAGCUCUGUAGUUUUGCAAGUGUUGAAAGUACAAUUCUCCUGCACAUCAAUGACAUCAUCCCAGCUUUAUCAGAUAGCGUGACACAGGAAAGGAGGCCUCCCAAACUUGCCUUUAUGUCAAGAGGUGUAGGUGACAAAGGUUCAUCUAGUCAUAAUAAACCAAAGGUUACAGGAUCUACCUCAGACCCUGGAAGUAGAAACAGAUCUGAAUUAUUUUAUACCUUAAAUGGGUCAUCUGUUGACUCACAACAAUCCAAGUCCAAAAAUCCAUGGUACAUUGAUGAAGUUGCAGAAGACCCUGCAAAGUCACUUACAGAGAUGUCUUCGGACUUCGGACAUUCAUCUCCUCCACCGCAGCCUCCUUCCAUGAACUCCUUGUCUAGCGAGAACAGAUUCCACUCCUUACCCUUCAGCCUGACAAAGAUGCCCAAUACUAAUGGCAGCAUGGCUCAUAGUCCACUCUCUCUGUCAGUGCAGUCUGUGAUGGGGGAGCUGAACAGCACACCUGUCCAGGAGAGUCCACCCUUGCCCAUCUCUUCUGGGAAUGCACACGGGCUAGAGGUGGGCUCACUGGCUGAAGUAAAAGAGAACCCCCCGUUCUAUGGGGUUAUCCGUUGGAUUGGCCAGCCACCAGGGCUCAGUGACGUGCUAGCUGGACUGGAACUGGAAGAUGAAUGCGCAGGCUGUACAGAUGGAACUUUCAGGGGCACGCGGUAUUUCACGUGUGCCCUGAAGAAGGCACUGUUUGUGAAACUGAAGAGCUGCAGACCGGACUCUAGGUUUGCAUCCUUGCAGCCUGUUUCCAAUCAAAUUGAAAGGUGUAACUCUUUAGCAUUUGGGGGCUAUUUAAGUGAAGUAGUAGAAGAAAAUACUCCACCUAAAAUGGAAAAGGAAGGUUUAGAGAUAAUGAUUGGAAAGAAGAAAGGCAUCCAGGGCCAUUACAAUUCUUGUUACUUAGACUCAACUUUAUUCUGCUUAUUUGCUUUUAGUUCUGCCCUGGACACUGUGUUACUUAGACCCAAAGAGAAGAAUGAUAUAGAGUAUUACAGUGAGACUCAGGAGCUACUGAGGACAGAGAUAGUCAAUCCUCUGAGAAUAUAUGGAUAUGUGUGUGCCACAAAGAUUAUGAAACUGAGGAAAAUACUUGAAAAAGUUGAGGCUGCAUCAGGUUUUACCUCUGAAGAAAAAGAUCCUGAAGAAUUCUUAAAUAUCCUGUUUCAUGAUAUUUUAAGGGUUGAACCAUUGUUAAAAAUAAGAUCAGCAGGUCAAAAAGUUCAAGACUGUAACUUCUAUCAAAUUUUUAUGGAAAAAAAUGAGAAAGUUGGAGUACCCACAAUUCAGCAGUUAUUAGAAUGGUCUUUUAUCAACAGCAACCUGAAAUUUGCAGAGGCACCAUCAUGCUUGAUUAUCCAGAUGCCUCGGUUUGGAAAAGACUUUAAACUAUUUAAAAAAAUUUUUCCUUCCCUGGAAUUAAAUAUAACAGAUUUACUUGAAGACACUCCCAGGCAGUGCCGCAUCUGUGGAGGACUUGCGAUGUACGAGUGCAGGGAGUGCUAUGACGAUCCGGACAUCUCAGCUGGGAAGAUCAAGCAGUUCUGUAAGACCUGCAGCACUCAGGUUCACCUUCAUCCCAGGAGGUUGAAUCAUUCUUAUCAUCCAGUAUCACUUCCCAAAGACUUGCCUGACUGGGACUGGAGACACGGCUGCAUCCCCUGUCAGAAGAUGGAGUUAUUUGCUGUUCUCUGCAUAGAAACGAGCCACUAUGUUGCUUUUGUGAAGUAUGGGAAGGAUGACUCUGCCUGGCUUUUCUUUGACAGCAUGGCGGAUCGAGAUGGUGGUCAGAAUGGCUUCAACAUUCCACAAGUGACGCCCUGCCCAGAAGUGGGAGAGUACUUGAAGAUGUCUCUGGAGGACCUGCACUCUUUGGAUUCCAGAAGGAUUCAAGGCUGUGCGCGCAGACUUCUUUGCGAUGCAUACAUGUGCAUGUACCAGAGUCCAACCAUGAGCCUGUACAAAUAACCAGGUUAUCCGCAGUGGGCAGAGACAGCACAAACCUUAGUGCUGUGUCUUCCUCCAGCUUGUGGUUCUGUCCGGCACCCAUUGCCGGCAAUGGGUGUCUCUUUUGAUGAUGGCCCUUCAGCAAAGGAUUCCUGUGUUUCCAAACAAAUUGCUUUUGUGUUCCUGAAGUAUUUAAUAAGAAGCAUUUUGCACUCUAGGAAGUAUGUUUGUGUUGAUUUUUUAAGAAGUCUAAAUGGAUUUAUUAAUAUCUGACACUUUAAGUUAACUGCAUUGAUGAUACGAUAUUUUUGGAAGCAUACAAUUUUAAUUGUGACGUCUAAAACCUCUUUUAGUCCAUUGAGGAUGUAAAUAAAUAUUUCUUCUUAUGGACCAGGGAUAUGAAAUCAUUUUCCUUUUGUAGCUAAUGAUUGCCUUGAGAAAGACAUAAUAUGAUUUUAUUAAGAGUCUGCCUUUACUCCAAUUGUUGAAGGUGUGCUGAGUUUAAUUGUUAAUUUUCCUAUAUAGUGCUGAUUUCCUGCAUGUCUGUACUUUGCUGAGUUUCUGUGUUCCUGCAGCAGUGGUCAGAACAUGCUGAAAUUCCUUUCAUGGUGUUAUUUUUUAUUUGUUCUAGUUUUGAGAUAAAUGAGUGACUCUGUCAUAAAAUGUCCAUUUUUGAUUUGUUCUUGAAGAAUUAGGGUACAAAACAAGUAUCGUAGUCAUAGUAACAACUGUUACUGAACAGGUCUUCUGUAGGGGCUCCUAAGUAUGAGACAACAUGCAGUGGUUUCUGAAAUGACUGAGCGAUAAGUAAAUUAUAUAUUCUUUUUUUAAAAGAUUUAUUUUAUUUAUAUGAGUACACUGUAGCUGUCUUCAGACACACCAGAAGAGGGCAUCAGAUCUUAUUACAGAUGGUUGUGAGCCACCAUGUGGUUGCUGGGAAUUGAACUCAGGACCUUUGGAAGGGCAGUCAGUGCUCUUAACUGCUGAGCUAUCUCUCUAGCCCCAAAUUAUAUAUUCUUAUACAGACCCACAGUCCAGAGAAAGUGAAGCUGGCUCAGAGUUAGCACCAACAUUUCCCUGAAAAAAUGUGUUAGGUGUUUAAAAAUCUCAUCGUAAAUAAAUUAUUUUAUUUUUAGUUUAAGUGAAUUUCUCUUAAUUUAAAUAAGACUAAUAUUUUUGUUUGACUGAAGACCCUUGUACUCUCUGGUGUCAGUUUGGUGUCACUUGAAACAAUGACAACCACGUCAGCAUGUUACUGCAAUGUCAGUGAUGGUUUCAAAGGAGAAAAUGGAUGUCAUCUUAGGACUGCUUGUGUGUGUAUAGACCGUGGUGGAUGCUGUAGAGUGCUUGUUGUCUGAGUGUUGUUUUGUGGUAUGGCUGUCUCUCUGAAUAAUGUCAACCUUACAGAAAGAGAAGGUGUUAUAUGUGUAACAUAUGGCUUUAUAAAAGAUUUAAUGUCAAAAGAGUCUAUAAAUAUUGCUGUUAUUUUUAAAGGCACUUUACUCCUUGGUUUUAUUAUUCCAUUUUGCUGGCGUGUAUUAGCUUUAUAUAAAUCACAACACACAAAACUCGUCCAUCUUGUAAUCUUUGUACUUUUGCAAUGGAAAAGUGUGUAUACUGUGCACAGACUUUUAUAUAGCUGAGUGCCUAGACUGGGUGGAGAGGCCAUGAGUAGAUAGCAGUAAAGUCCUCCAGCUAUAGGCUAGCCUUGUCUUCAUCAUCCUGGGACAGGUGAGAACGGUGAGCACAGGUGAGUCUGAGCUUGCACACUGACCAGAAUUCAGUCACCCUGUAAUAAGUAUGUAUUUAAUGAGUCUGUUAGUGUGGUAGUGUGAUUUUGAAAGGUUUAACUAAGGAAUGGUGAGGUCUUUGUUUAUAGGCAAGCCUGGCUUAACAGUGAAGGGGAGGGGGCUGAGGGAAAGCUUUUUUUUUUUUUAAUUUCAGAAAUGGAAGCAAAAUCCAUGUGCAAAGAGACUAGCUACUUGGCUUUCAGAGCAGAGGACUCAAAGCUUGUUUGCAGUGGUUCUGAAGUUGGGGUGGCACUUUGUGAGUGAGGAGGACCAUGUCCACAGGCAAUCCCUAAGCAAGAUCGUCUCGAAAUUGCACUGUGUUCUUUAGCAGUAGUGGCUGGGUAGGGGCACACAGCGGAACACCCACUUGCAGUGGCUGGGGAGGCCUGAGAAGCACAGGCCAGCGGGAGCUCUCUCCCAUGCCUUCUUGUCCCUCUGGACAGCCCCUCCUCAUUCCUUGUCCCAGCAGAGCCUGGUUUGCCCCUGGGGCAAUAGGGUUGGACUGUGUGGUGCAGAUAGCCCUCGUGCCUGUGGAUUACUUUAAUUUUGUAAUCUUAGGUUUUCUGUACGGUUUUCCCAUUGCCUUUUAAAAUAUUUUGAGUGUCCUUCUCCUUAUCAAGAUGGUAGUGUAGUAGGAUUGUUUUACUCACAACAUGGUUUAGGAGCCAUAGCUACAAAUAGGAAAUAUAAGAAUUCUAUUUCUCUACUGUGAGGCAAAUCUGUAUAUAUGUAUGGAGAGUCAGGAGGAUGAACAAGGGAGAGGAAAGGGGCCCAGGCACAUUUUUAAUCCAAAAGCUACAAAGUGUCGAGCUCCUCAGGGCCAGCUUCACAGAGAGUCCAGCUCAGUUCACAAAGUAUUUUCUAAGUUGGGGAAAUGCAUUGAGAAACAGAGCGAGAUAUCUGUGUAGUGCAGCUGUGGGUGGUUGCUAUGCAUUUUAUCCUCAGAGUAGCCUGGGGUUUUUAUUUUAUGUUUGCCAAGUGCUUAGGUAAAUGGCCGGGCUCCUCUUACCUCUGACUUCUGGAGCGUGUCCAUUCUCUGGUUGACUGAAUGUGGCAUUUUCAUAAAUCUAGGAGCAGCAGCCCUCCCAACUGCAAUUUAGUAAGCAGGUAGAUAAGCUUGCAUCUGUUUGCAUCUUCCUGCACUGAGUUGGGAGUGCAAAACCCCGUACUUGGCCUGGUGAGUAACUGCCAACAAGUAUUUAUGGGUCAUUUGCUAGGUGGCUAGCAUACGGCACGGGGCUAAUGAGACCUGGGGCCUGCUCUCAUAUAGCUUACUGCUCAGUUUCUAUACCAGAGCAUCCGUUGGUGCUUCUUAGCCUAGGCAUGGGUGACAGGCAUGUCUGGGGACCACUUUGGGAGACAACCUAGUGUAACCUUAUUGCAAAGGACUAAGAGACAAAAAUCCUGGGUUCUUUCUCCAUCACUUGCUCUGUAGCUGAAUGAACACCACCUCGAUUUCUUGAGUUUCAGUGUCUUGUUCUGUCUGAUGAAAGGGUUGGAUAUGUAGUUGGAUAAGCGGUACAAAUUGUUAGGGUUCCAGGCCAUGCCUGAUACAUCUGAGUUUUUGCUGGAGGUAGGAAAUUUCAACUCAGAAGCUCAUCCACAGAAAACAGUGACCAGCAGCAGGUAUGGAGCCAUAAGGCUGGAAGGCUUCAAAGACCCCUUCUUCUGUUACUGUUAUCCACGGCAGUUAUUCUGUGUAGGUGUGAAGGAGUGGCUACUGACUCUGUGUGGAUCAGCGUUUACAUAUGACCUGAUGGGAGUGCAUCUGGUAUGUGUUCCUCCCCCCUGUAUUGCUGGAGAGAUUGGCAAUCGUAGGUAUACACGGAAGUGUCGGGAUGUUCAGUGGCGCGCACUUGGAUGUUUCUUUUCACUUUAUUUCUAUAGAAACAGGUUCCAGGAGCCAGAGAAGUAGGGGAAAAAAUCCCUGAGCUCAUCUCUCUCUACUACUUAAUAAUGCAAACAUUUAAAUUCUUGGGAAGAUUUUCCCGCCCCACUCCCUACCCCCAGUCACAGGUCAGAAUAGGAUUUCCUUCUUAGAGAAGGUAGGUCAUGGGGCCUGCGAUUAAAAAAACAAAAACAUAAAACAAACAAACAAACAAGGUGGCUUUCCUUGGUCUUUGUGAUUCCAGCUCUUCACCAGUGAAGGAAUUCUUUAGUUCCAUAGUGCAGCCUGGGUGGGUGGAGAAGAGGCUGUUAUAGUGGGAGCCAGUGAGCAAAGAGGGUUGGAGGAGGCAGAGGACAGGGCUCAGGGAAGGCAAGCCUGUGGCUCUGGGCAUUGGCCCUCUUGUCAAAGGUGUCAGAGCAUGGCUUCCUGUGAGGGGCUUUCCCUUGCUCCUGUGUGAGAAUCUGUGCGUUGUCUUACUGGAUGGGGGACCUGGAUGGAGAUGUUAGGGGAGAUAGCUUAGUCUUGUUCUAAACUCUAGACUUGCUAAAAAGGGUUCUCUUGAGUCCAAAUGCAGUGCCAGAGGGUGAGAAGCAGAAUUGGCCAGUAGUGAACAGUGGUAUUGUGGGUGAUAAGCCCUUUCUGGUGGCCUUAAAUAGCAGUGCUAGUCCUUGAGUGCCACAGGGUCCCCUACCUCCGUCCUGGCAGUGCUGAUGGGUUUGUUUCAGCAUAUUUUGGUUCUCAUUCUCAUUUAGGGAAAAGGGCUGUUGAUGAAGGGAUUAUCCUCCCAGGCACCAGGGGCCUCAGCACAGUUCCCUGUGCUUUUAAACACUGUUGACUUUCAUUAGUUAUUCUAAAGGGAUUUAUAUUGGAGAUACAACUCCCUUUGGUUUCAUAUUAUGAAAUAGCUUUGUACUGUGGAAUGCUAACUCUGGAAAGUCUCCCUCAUACCAGAACCAAACAUUCAUUUCUUUUAUAUAUAUAUAUAUAUUAUCUCCCUGGUACUCUCCAGGGAGGUGGUUAUUAUCAAGCUGACCCAAAGGAGUGCAGUAUGUGUUCUAGUUCCUUUUCUGGUACCUUGUUCAACAUUCUUUUUUCCUGAAGAACAUCCUUUUGUUUAUGAAAACGUGAAUAGCAUCAUGUAAAACAAUCCCUUGCUAUCAGAAUGCUCCAGUUUGGCCUUAAUUUUGUAAACCUUGGAGAGGAGUGGAGCGCGGCUGUGAGAAGAGAUGUACCAUGUACUCUUUCUGUAUCAUUAAAGUGCAGUUUUUAUGCUUC